AUGGACCUGCCUAGCCCAAUUGCUGCUCGGCUGGAUCGUAUAGGAGUGAGGCCGAGGUAUCCCGGAAUAAGCUGGAUUGCCUGGUCUGGGGCUGUCUCUGCAUACCAAUUACUAUUAUUCUUGGGGGCUGUAGAAGGAUGGAGGAUCUUCCUAGAUACUUCAAUAGUAAUCUACAUAUGCGAUGGAGGAAUGAAGGAUCCGAUCAGUUGGGCGGCAGCGCCAGUGCUGUCAGCACAACUCGGAAAGGGUGACAAAUUCAUUAAUCUGGCUGCUGCAGCCUGCAGGCUCAUGCUUGUGCUACUGUGUGUUGAUGUGCUUACAGCGGGUCAGCGCUGUUUCUAUGGAAUGGUUAUGGAAUUGGAAACAUUCCCUUCCAUGGGGUUAACCGGAAGGAUUUGGCGAAUAAUUAAUUGGUUGUCGCGUUCUCGUGCUACUACUACUGCUGCUGCUGCUGACGGGACACGACGCUCAUAG